UUGCUAAAUUUUCCACACCGACAGAUUGUUGUGAUUUGAAGUAAAUUUAAUGGUUGAAUUGUAAUUAAACGAAAAAUGAUUCUAUGAUAGUUAACGGAAUAUUAAUAAGUUUAGCAUGAGUUUUAAAACAGAAAACUCGGAAUCCGUCGAAUAUAGCGGUAAUAUAUUUACCAAACGGAUAAAAAUAUUGGAAUCCCUAAUUUUUCAAAAGGGAGUAACCAAUGGAUUGUUGACGGCUAAAAGUUAUUUACAAGAAAAGACGGAGCUUCUUUCAAACGUUGAUGGGAAAGCUAUAUCGAUUGAGACACUGUUAGACGCCUUGCUUGUACUUUAUGAUGAAUGCUGCAAUUCGUCACUACGACGGGAAAAAACUUUAGCUGAUUUCAUCAAAUUGGUGAAACCCGUUGCGACGUUGUUCAAACAACUCCGUUUAUCUCGAGAUGAUUUUGAAACUAUUAAAAUCAUUGGUCGCGGCGCCUUUGGUGAGGUAUGUGUGGUUCGAAUGCUUGCAACACAGCAGAUAUUCGCAAUGAAAACAUUAAAUAAAUGGGAAAUGCUUAAACGAGCGGAAACAGCGUGUUUUCGAGAGGAACGGGAUGUUUUAGUUUAUGGUGAUAGACAGUGGAUAACAAAUUUACAUUAUGCAUUUCAGGAUGACAGCAACCUGUAUCUUGUUAUGGACUAUUAUUGCGGAGGAGAUUUGUUAACUCUUUUAAGUAAGUUUGAAGAUCGUUUGCCUGAAGAUAUGGCCAAAUUUUAUAUUGCUGAGACAAUUUUGGCAAUUGAUAGCAUACACAAAUUAAAGUAUGUACAUCGUGAUAUAAAACCGGAUAAUUUGGUGCUUGAUAUGAAAGGCCAUAUCCGUUUAGCUGAUUUUGGAUCUUGUUUGCGUAUUGGAUCAGAUGGCAUGGUUCAAUCUAACGUUGCGGUAGGCACCCCCGAUUACAUUUCACCUGAAAUUCUACGAGCAAUGGAAGACGGUCAGGGCAGAUAUGGGGCUGAAUGUGACUGGUGGUCACUAGGCGUUUGCAUGUAUGAAAUGUUGUAUGGCGAGACACCAUUUUAUGCAGAAAGUCUUGUGGAAACAUACGGAAAGAUAAUGAACCAUCAAAACUGCUUCGAUUUUCCUCCACAGGAGACGUUAGAUUACGUUAUAUCAGAAGCUGCAAAAGAUUUGAUGCAAAAACUGAUUUGUGCCCCUGAGAAUCGCCUCGGACAAAAUGGAACUGACGAUUUUAAAAAUCAUCCUUGGUUUGCUGGAUUGGAAUGGGAUAGUGUUAGAUAUAGCCAAGCACCCUAUGUCCCUGAAGUAUCGAGUCCAACAGAUACAUCUAACUUCGAUGUGGAUGAUACGGAUAUGCAUUUAUCAGACACUGUACCACCAGCGGCAAAUCUUGCAUUUUCAGGCCUACAUUUACCAUUUAUUGGAUUCACUUUUACACAAUGUAGCUCUUUAUCAGACUUGGGGAAAGUUGAAAAUAAAAAUAGUCUCUUUAAAAAUGACUCGGACUGGGCUAUUAGCUCGGAAAUAUCUGAAGACAAAUUAAAUCUCAUAGAAGAAGUAAAUACGCUAAAAAGGAAAAACUAUGAUCUUGAAAAUAAACUGAAAAACAUUGACCUCAUCGAAAAGUCACCAUCCGAUGAAUGCAACAAUGCUGCUUAUGUGGCACGUCUAAAAGAAUUAGAACAAGAAUUAAGCGAUGUUAAGCGGGAAAAAUGUCACGCAACAAAAGAGUACAGUGAAGCAUUGGAUAGAAUAAAAGCUCAGGAAGCGGAGUUAAAAGAUGCUAUUUGUCAACGAAAAUUGGCAAUGAUGGAAUAUGCAGAAGUUACCGACAAAUUAUCCGAAUUACGUUCUCAAAAGCAAAAAUUAUCACGACAAGUACGUGAUAAAGAAGAAGAGCUCGAAGCUGUUAUGAAAAAAAUUGAUAACUUACGAAAUGAUCUUCGAAAAGCUGAUAAAAAUAGACGGGAACUUGAGUUACGGGUGGAGGAUGCAAUUACGGAUAUGGCAAAGGAAAAGAAACAAAGGGAACGCUCUGAAGAAUUUUGUCGUCAGCUACAAUCGGAACUUCGUAGUAAAAGUAAUUCUGACAUGAGUUCGGCUUUUCCAGCAAAUGAACCUUCGCGAUAUGAAAUUGAAAGAAUCGAGGUCCAAUAUUCUGAAAAACUCAAUCAACAGCAGACACGAUAUAACAUGGAAAUAUCUGAAUUGCGCGAACAGCUUAUGGAAUCUGAAAAGAAUCGUGACUUCUUAAUAAUGGAGCUCCAGAAAACACGAGAAAAGUGCGACUUAAGUAGAUUAGAAUCUCAAAAUGACACUGUUGAUACCUUAAGUGAACAAAAGAAAAUGUAUGAGCAAGAGAAAAGUAUGUGGAUUGAAGAAAAGAGGAGACUUUUAUCAGAGAUGGAAAAUCUAAGUGACACUAUAAGACAGCUUCAAACAAAACAAAUCGAAGAUCAAAGUAAUUGCGAAGAGUUAAGGACAAAACGACAAGCAAUAAUACAAUGGGAACGACAAAUGUCAGAAAUAAUACAGUGGGUGUCUGAUGAAAAAGACGCUAGAAGUUACUUACAAGCCUUAGCAACAAAAAUGACGGAGGAGGUUGAAUAUUUGAAACAUUCAGGAUCAUUUCAGCAAAACUAUGACACCAAAAAUUGGCGAAAUAGACGUUCUCAAAAACUCGACAAAAUGGAGUUAUUAAAUUUACAAAGCUCUCUUCAGGCUGAAAUUCAAGCAAAAACAUUGAUUUCGGAAGAACUUAGUCGAACUCGUGCGGAAUUAAUUGCAACUCAAAAAGAUCUACGUGAAAGCCGUAACAGGUGUGAUUCUGCUUUACAUGAACUUCAUCACAAGGAAAACGAGAUUCGCGAUAUACAAAAAACUUUAGAAUCAUCGGAAGGAUUUUUGGAAAGGCCUUCUUCGCAAGCAUCCUGUAAUUAUUUCUUUAAAGAAUCUACGGGGAAUCUUGAAAUUACGGAUAUUGAUGCUGACAGCAAUAUUUCCAGAGAUGUGAUGGGUAGUUCAUUUAAUAACAACUUAUCACUUGUAAACUUAAAACAAAAUCCAAAUUCAUCCGUCACUUCAGGUAGCUCUUAUGCAAUUCGAUAUCCCCAGAAUUCCAAACUUGAUUCAUUAUAUCCAUAUUAUAUGGUCGAAAAGAAACAUUUUUUAUCUACAGACUAUAAAAAUGAUCAAGAUAAUAUUGAUUUGGAUGAUGUACAUGGUCACCAUAGCAAAUCAAGUUCAAAAAGCAGCAUUAGUGUUAAGCCUCUCGAUUUGCAUUCUACGAAUGUGCCAACUGCAAAAGUGCACCAAUUUUUAGUUCGGACUUUCAGCAGCCCAACCAAAUGCAAUCAUUGCACCUCACUCAUGGUUGGUUUGACCAGGCAAGGUGUGGUAUGCGAAUUCUGUGGCUUUGCUUGCCACACGAUUUGCUGUCAGAAGGUUCCUACAAUAUGUCCCGUACCAAUAGAUCAAACGAAGAGGCCGUUAGGCAUCGAUCCGACUAGAGGUAUCGGAACAGCUUAUGAAGGUUAUGUAAAAGUGCCAAAAAUGGGUACCAUUAAACGCGGUUGGGUGCGACAAUUCGUGGUCGUUUGCGAUUUCAAGUUGUUCUUGUAUGAUAUAUCGGCUGAAAGGAGUGCUUUGCCCAGUGUGAAUGUCUCUCAAGUUCUAGAUAUGAGAGACCCGGAGUUUGCUGUUGCCAGUGUACGGGAAAGUGAUGUCAUCCAUGCUACUAAAAAGGAUGUGCCAUGCAUAUUUAGGAUUAAGACUUCUUUGAUUGAAGGAGGUCCCACAUGUAAUACACUUAUGUUGGCAGACAAUGAAACUGAGAAAAGAAAAUGGGUAGUCGCUUUAGGGGAAUUGCACCGCAUACUCAAACGCAAUAAUCUUCCCAAUACAGCUAUAUUUAAAGUACACGAAAUACUUGACAGUUCCCUCACAAUAGCAAGGAGUGCUUUGAGCUCUGUUAUAGUAUAUUCUGACCAGUUUUUAUUGGGUACAGAGGAUGGCUUAUAUUGUGUUAACAUUGAAGAAUACGAGAUAAAUCGCAUUGGCGAGAGUAAAAAAAUUAUUCAGAUGUGGUACGUGGAGGAAGAGCAUAUUCUAGUCAUUUUGUGUGGAAAACAAAGGCACAUUCGAUUACUUCCAAUAAGAGCUUUAGAGGUAAGCGACGUGGAAUGGAUUAAGGUUGCAGAUUCAAAAAAUUGUAUUGCGGCAUGCACUGGGGUGAUUCGUAGAUCACCUGCCAAUGUUUAUGCGUUUGUUGUGGCAUUGAAGCGUCCAACAAAUCAAACGCAGGUGGUGGUGUAUGAGAUAAACCGAAAUCAUUUGAGACAUCAAAAAAUGUGCGAAUUCACUGUAGCGUAUCCAGUUCAGAGUCUUCAAAUUUUGUCUGACAUUAGGCUCGUAAUUGGCCAUCAAAGCGGCUUCACCGCUUACUAUUUGCAGGGCGAGGCAACGACUACUUCUUUGAUACAUCCAGAAAAUCAAUUGUGUGCCUUUUUAAAUUACUCGGGCGUUGAUGCUGUACGUGUUAUUGAAAUACAGUGUCCCGGAGGAAUUUUCGGAGAAUAUUUACUAGUGUUUCAAACCUUAGCUAUUUAUGUGGAUCUACAAGGCAGAAAAUCACGAGACCGAGAAAUAACUUAUCCAGCUAACCCUUCUCACAUAACAUAUCUAGACGGCCAUUUACUGGUUUUCUCAGAAACACAUGUGGAUAUAUUCAAUACUCAAACUGCAGAGUGGGUGCAAUCCAUUGGGCUAAAGCGAGCGCAACCAUUAGGACCGCAGGGGAAUUUCGUUUUGACUUUUGUUAACGACGCACCAAUAAUAGUAUAUUUAGCUAAUAUACACACAAAAGAACUAAUUCACAUCAAUUCUGUUGAAAAGACGGGGACUAAAAAUACUCGCCGCCGAUUUUCUAUUCGUGAAGUAAACAAAUCAUUUAAAAGUACUAGCGACAGAAGAUCUAAAAUGAUAUCAGCUCCAACAAAUUUUAAUCACAUCUCACAUAUGGGACCAGGAGAUGGAAUACAAAAUCAACGUCUCUUAGAUCUUCCUACCACCAUAGAAACAGCUGAUCAGAUCAGCAAUCAGUCUUUCAUUAUACGCCAGUCCUCACUUACACCCCACACAGCGGCGCGGCAGGCAAUUAAUUCCCAAAAUGAUUACCAUAAAUUGCAGGAAAUUCCCAAAAAGCUCUUGCAAUCGAGCAGCAGAGAGCGAUUGAAACAGAGCAGCUUCAGGCGCAAGCUCGUUCUCCCAGUCCUGUUUCGAAUUUGAGCUCGCCAAAGGAUUCACCAGACAUUCAGUCCUAUUUGCCGUUUUAAGGUUUUGCAAUGUAUUAUUUCAUAUGUAUUUAUUUAUUUUUUAUUAUUGUAGCAUUUAGCUGUAUUAUUAUUUUUUUAAUAAAUAUACUCAUCCUUCAUACAUAUGUUA